CGUAGGGGUCUGUCGUCCACCUGACAUUCCAGGCAUCCUCCAUCGUCACCACCGGAACACGCUUCCAAUUUACUCCGCCAGGCACUAGGCACGAUCUUUUUACGAGUACGAACGAGAACACCGAAUAACAGAUAUUUCACCUACACGCCUCUCUCAACACCUUCAUUGAAUCGUUCUUUCUUCUCCUAUCAGCACAUCAUUCGAAGUGAACGACAAAAGACACUCCACUCCGAGUGUCUACAAACACCAUCAUUUCCCUUCACCAUUCAUCAUUGCCUCCUAGGCCCGCGCGUUCGUUUGGCGGCCCUCGAGUCCGUCAAAUGAACCUGCCUUAAGUCACCUUCGUUCCUCUCUUCACAACUUACCCUCUUCCUCUUGAAGAGGCCUCUAUUCGUAUCUUCCUAAAUGCCUUUCAAGCCCUUCGCACAUCUUGCAAGAGUCAGCUUUGCAAAGGGAAUCGCCCAUACUUAUGCUCCUUCCGUCGUUGCUGCUGGUCAGUCGAUAGGAAACUUUCAGAACUACCCCGUCGCGAAAUUCUCAAAGACUGCCCAACUACAAAAUGCCUUCUCGAGUCCAUCAGGAUCGGGUGCCGGUGCAAAGGCUGGCUACAAUUCUCAGUCGUCCGGCGGUGAUGCUGGGUUAGCCCAGUAUUACGCAGCCUGGCAGCAUGCGCAACAGACGGGUGAUGACUCCGAAUGGAAGCAACAUCAGUUUGCCAGACGGAUCGGAUGGAAAGAGCAAGAGAAGACCGGGCCUACAAAAUACCAACGGCUCGAUUCAUCCCGUGCCGUCGACGUCCUCCGUCCAUCUGUGCGAUUGAACGUGACUCGUACCACCAGCGACCGUACCGCCCAGCAGACUACAGAGGCGGAUGAGGUCUUUGCGGAAGUCGAAGCAUUGGCCCAGGUGGAUGAAGCCAUCGCGAAGGAGAUUCAAGAUGUCAAAGCUACACAACAGCUCGAAGCCGCUCCUGCUCCGGAGGAGGACGUCGGCAGCCCGGUUGUGAGCACGCGAGCAGUUUCCCCUGUCAAUCUCGAACCUACUGCGACCGACGUGGACUCUACCUCCACCUCUUUUGAGCACACCUUGUCCACCGACGUCACUUCGCUUGCUUCUGAGGAGUCUGUUCUAUCUGACCAGAUCGUUCGCCUUGGACAGCAACAGCGGUAUGCCGAGAUUCCCGCCCUGUUUGAAGCGAUCAUCAAGGAUGGCCAAGUCCCUACGGUUGAAGCCUACAAUCAUAUUUUGUUGUCCGCCAUCAAUCUGAGCAAUGGAUAUCAACCGUGGCCAAGAGCACUAGAGGUCUAUGGAGACAUGACCAAGCGCUCUGUCCAACUCGAUGCUACUUCUUACACCAUCCUCCUCAACUUUCUCGCAUCUCGAAGUCUCGAGGCCUACCAAGUCCAGAAACAUCUCGGUGAAAGAGCUGUUCGAUAUGGCAGCGAAGGCGCUCUGGUCUUCCCGUCCGCUACUCGACAACUGGAAGCUUAUGCUGCCGAUACUUCGCUCAUGUUCGCCACCAAGCUGUACAAUAUCGCACGCGCAACCCUCCCCGGCUUCCAUCUCUCUGCACCACUAUACAACGCCUUGGUCGAGGCUUGUGCUCAGGCCGGAAUGGUCGAGCCGAUGCAAGUCCUUUUGACUGACAUGAGGGCUGAGAAUCUUCGUCUUGACUCCCGCUUGUAUACCCUCGUUAUCGAUGCACACGCCUCGGCACAAGACGUUCACUCGGCGCAUGAAGUAUACGAACAAUAUCGCGACAUUGCUAUCAGCAGAGCUGUCAACGACCCACUCGACAUGCAUGUGUAUGCUUCUUUGAUCAAGGCAUACUAUGCUGCUGGACUGGCGGAGACUGGCCUUCGAUUUUACGAAAGGAUUCUACAAUCAUUCAAGGACUCUGCGAGCCAACAGCCGCUCUCCGAUGAUUUGACAGCUGCUUUCGUUCUCAAAGCCCUGGUUCAGUAUCACAUCGACAACAAUGCCUUUUCCGUUGCACUUUCAGAGAUCAACGCGUUCACGCUGCAGCCAGCUAUCCGCGAUCAAGCACUCUCCAAAAUCGGCACUGCUGCGGCUGAUGCUGGAAACACAUACGAAGCCAUUGCCGCCCUCGACGCCAUCUCGGUCGCCAACUUGACCGCCGAGCCCGUAAUGGCGGUCACGGCUAUGCAUAUCAGAGAUGGUGACAUGGCCAAGGCCAAGGCAACCUGGACCAAGGCCAAUGCUCUAGCACUCACUCCAAGCACCGACUUUGCUACCAUGUACGCACUAGCUAUGAUCAAGGAUGGUUCUAUCGAAGCAGCUGUAGCCGAGGCUCGAUCAAUGUUCUAUCGUAUCCGCAACUCCGCGACAUCGGAGGCUAGCCGCCAACUUGCAAUCGCAGAAAUCGAUGAAGCAAUUCUGCUUUUGGGCGAUGCUCUUGGAACUGCCCAGACACCCAUCUCUUCCCAGACAAGCAUCCUCAUGCUCCGAGCGAUGAUUGAGAAUGGCGGUCUCGUCUCACCUGUUGCCCAACAUGCCAUUGCAAGCUUGGGACCGGACUGCGUUCAUCAGCUUGAUGCACAAGACAUUGCUCUCGCCUUGCACGUCCAGGCACAGAUGCUUCUUACGGAGAGCACUCUUGACAUCGCCCAUCAGGCCAGAUUCUCGCACCUGUUCGAGACGGUCCUCAACCGUGGUAUCCUCAUGGACCCAUCCACUGUGCACGUUGUCAGCGAGAGUCUCCCCAAAAUUGCUACUGCUCGUCCCGACCUUCUGCAACGGUGGCAAGAACUACUCCAACCUGCCCCUCCGACUCCCGUCUCACUGCAAGCUUCUCCAGCCUCUCCUCACGUACCUUUCUCCGGCCAUGUCUCCGAGGCGGAUUCCUACGAUCCUUAUGCACAUACUACCGACUACCGUGCCUCCAAGGCAAUCUCGGAGUUGGUCGAGAGCACCACCGGACGUAUUGAGAAUCAUCUGAGUGAUGCUAUGUCUCGCCUCAGAAAUAUCCGUCGUGCUGGUCGAAACCUUCACUAUUCCGCUUACGCCAAGCUUAUCACUGCGGCUGGAAAGGCAAAGCAAGCGAACUUGAUGAACGAGGUUUUGAGCAUGGCUCAUUCUGAUGUCCCGAUGUCGUUGCAGAUCCCCUCUGUCCGAGCGGGCUGGGUUUCAAUUCUGGACUCCAUGAUCGCAGCCUCCUUGACGCUUGGUGACCGACAACAGGCAGCUAAAAUCCACCAGGAACUUCUCGACAUGGGUGCUGCUCCAUCAGCCAACACCUUCGGCAUCUACAUCACUACACUUGAAGGGACGUUUGAUGAAGCCACCGAAGCUGUCAAAAUCUUUCAACGUGCCUUGUCUGAGGGCGUCGCUCCCAGUGUAUUCCUGUACAAUGCGGUGAUCGGCAAACUUGGAAAAGCUCGCCGCAUCGACGAUUGCCUCCGCUAUUUUGGCGACAUGGAAGGCCGAGGUAUCCGACCAUCUUCAGUAACUUAUGGCACAUUGGUCAAUGCUCUGUGCAGAACUAGCGAAGAACGUUUUGCAGUUGACAUGUUUGAUGAGAUGGAGGCAGCACCCAAUUAUCGACCUCGUCCUGCCCCUUACAAUUCUAUCAUCCAAUACUUCCUCAACACCAAACGCGAUCGAAGCAAAGUCCUUCAAUACUACGAACGCAUGAAGUCCAAGAACAUCAAGCCUACUUCGCACACGUACAAACUGUUGAUUGAGGCUCACGCGUCCCUUGAACCUGUCAACCUCCCAGCAGCCGAAGCCAUUCUUGCCGAGAUGAAGCAAUUUGGUGUCCAGCCUGAAGCGGUUCACUACGGUGCUCUGAUUCAUGCCAAAGGUUGUGUCAUGCAUGACAUGUCUGGUGCCCGAGCUACCUUUGACACUGUCUUGAAAGAACGCAAUAUUCGACCCACUGAUACUCUGUAUCAGAAUUUGUUGGAAGCAAUGGUUGCCAAUCAUGAGGUCGCCAAUACUCCAGAGGUGCUUGCUGAUAUGUCUCGCCGGGGUGUCAUGAUGACUCCUUACAUUGCCAAUACUCUCAUACAUGGUUGGGCCAGUGAAGGUGACAUUGUCAAGGCUAAAUCCAUCUACAAUGAGCUUGGCAACGACAAGCGUGAACCAAGCACUUAUGAAGCCAUGACUCGGGCCUAUCUUGCUGCCGAGGAUCGUGCUAGUGCAAAUGCGGUUGUGGAAGAAAUGCUCCGCAAAGGAUAUCCUGCGGCGGUCACCGAGAAAGUCAUGGCAUUGAUGGGCGGUGUUGUUGCUUGAUUUGAUUUCCCAAAAAAAGAAAAAUUUAUAUCACCGAGUGUGGCGAUGUAUCUUCGCUUGCCUCUGUCUAUUUUCUCCUUUGUUAUGUGUCAACGAUACCCAGAACACAAAAGGCAUGAACAAUUGUGGUUCUACGGCCUUGGCGUUUCUGGUUCGGUUCAGCGGUCAUUUGUAACAGCGUGUGUACAUACGAGAUGGGCAUGGCAUUGGCGUUUUUCAGGAUCGAAAAUGGUUCGGCUACUUCACUGGCGGAGGCGCUGAAUGGAGGCAGCAAUUGAGCCAUUUGUUUUCGACGGAGCUUUGGAAAAACAGGCGGGAAUUGGGAUUUUGCCAUGUACCAACAGAAGAUAAACUCUCCACUCAAUCUAAUUAGAAGGGAUCUAGGUUAGGGAUGACGUCUGGAUCCGAUGGGAAAGGGUCCUCGAAAUGGCGGACAUUACAGACAAGCUUGCCAGCAAGAGCUGAGCAGCCGCAUCAGACGAGCAAAGGGGGCAAGGACUGAUGAAGAAGAAAAUUCAACUUCUAUAUGUUGAAAACACCAACCUAGGCUGUGUUCCUUUUUUGUGGUUCUAUGUGAUGUCGUCUUAUGAAGUGACUUGAUAGACGUAUCUGCCCGCCAUACGUAUCUGCAAGAAUGCAACAACAAUGCAAUGCCAGCUGGAGCCGUCGGUCUUCGUGUAUUGGUAUUGUUGUCUACAGUAUGAUUGAAGGUUUCACGGACUCAACCUUUCAAUCUUCCACUCGCCGCCGUCGUCUUGUCUCGUGUAGACAAAUCUAUCAUGCAACCUACUCUCCCUCCCUUGCCAAAAUUCGAUCUUGUCUGGAAUGAUUCUCAAACCACCCCAGAAAGGUGGGACUGGGAUUUGUUCUUGACCCUCGAAUUUGCGUGCCAUUUCUUCGACUUGAUUUUCCAAUUCGAGCCUACCGUCGUCGUCGUCGUCGUCGUCGUCGCCGUCGUUUUGGGGUUGUGUUUUGGUUCGAUCUUGCAUUUGCUGCGGAUGGAGUACGCUGGUCUGUCGACUGGCCCAAGCUCCUAUCCUGCUCCCCCUCGCCCUCGUGUCGAAAUAAACCUGGCUCUCCUCGCGGGCGAGACGUUCACAGACGCCCUCGACUCGGACCUGCCGUUCCAACGGUUUCCACCAGAAACACAGGCUGGCGUGGGGGUUGGUGGCGACGUCGGCCGCCUUUCGACUCGUCCCAAAGUUGGAAUACACGACGAACCCUCGACCGUCGAGUUCCUUCAGGUAGACGAUUCGGGAACUCACUCGACCGGAAGGUAAAGAGGCCGUGGACAGGGUCACGGUUUCGGGCACGGUCCCGAGGAGUCGAGGGUGCGUGAACCAGGAGUGGAAUUGGACAAAAGGGUCGGGGGACAAAUCCGACCGGUGAAGCCGGGAGAGCUUGAACUGGGCUGCUUGUGACGGGCCGGUCGUGGUCGACGAGGACGAGUUCGUAGGUGCCCCAGAGUCGGGUGGUGCUUCACCCGGGGCGACUUUUUUGGGGGGGGGAAUUGUCAGUAGACUGUACUUCACCGAGAAAAACAAAAGUGUCGUGCUCAAAAGAGGGAGGACAUUAUUGGCGUCAUCCAAAAGAGAAAAAAAACAACUUACAUAUCAACUUGUUGUGAUUCUUCUGGGGUUGAGACGACUCUGGACCUGAUUUGGUCGACCUGGCUUGGUGUAACAUUGUGGCGGUCCUUGUACCUGUACUCGUCUGGAUGGUUGUUCUCGACUUGGGAGCUGUAUAUCGAGGAGAGGAAUGUAAACGGAUGGAUCGGGAAAUUGUCAAAGGUGCUGUCCUUGACAUGUAUAUCUUCUCAAAAAAUAUUCGUUCUGAUCGAGAAGUCUCAAGGUCGUCUCUUAUGAGAUCAAAUAUAUUUUUGACAAGGGUGUGGUGAUUAUUUCUGAAUGAGUGAAUUAUUUGGGAGAAGAACAGGAAUUGUUCAUGCGAGGAUCUAAAACACAAUGUCGUGUUGUUGAAUCAGUGGUUACUUUGUUGUGUUUUUUCCCUUCUCUGCCCACCCAAAGUCUUUGCUGGCUCAUCUCAUGAUACUUGUUGAUCUCUAGAUGGAUCCCCCGGCAGUGAGUUGGCAAGUAAUGAGUAAUGACUCCCUUGUUGACAAGGGAGAUGGCGUCAUUUGAAAACGAGUGGUUGAUAUCACGUGUCCCCCGUAUUCGCCCUCG